GCCGCCGCCUCCGUCUUGCUUACCGCCCCCAGCAGCCCCCAGCACACCAUGCCCACCGGCACCGGCGUCGUCGACGCUUUCAAGAAUCUCAUCAGACAUGGCAAGGCGCACCACAACCCCCCAAGACAGGAAAAGCAUUAUAUUGAGCAGGACCUCCAUUACCCCUCCGACUCAAAGCAGCGCCGCUCCCCGCCCCAGUCCCAGCAGCAACAGCCCCAGCACCGCGACGCGCCCGAGCACUCGGCUGCAGCUACGCAGCACCAGAAACAGCCUGCACAGUCCCCCGGAUACACAAAGGAAGCUGAGCUGAUCGUCCAGGAAGAGCGCGAAGCAAAGAACAAGAUGCCCACCUACAAGGGCCUCGAGAAUUUCAAACUCCUCGAGAAGAUGGGCGACGGCGCCUUUUCAAACGUCUACAAGGCUCUCGACCUAACAACAAACCAGAAAGUAGCAGUCAAGGUCGUCCGCAAAUACGAACUCAAUGCAUCGCAGCGUGCCAAUAUCCUCAAGGAGGUGCAAAUCAUGCGCGGUCUCAACCACCCAUCAAUCGUCAAGCUAAUAUCGUUCUCCGAGUCAGCAGAGCAUUAUUUCCUGGUGCUGGAACUGAUGGAGGGCGGAGAGCUUUUCCACCAGAUCGUCAAGCUGACGUACUUUAGCGAGAACCUUGCGCGGCAUGUCAUUCUGCAAGUGGCGCAAGGUAUUCGCUACCUCCACGAAGAACGAGGCGUCGUCCAUCGUGACAUCAAACCGGAAAAUUUGCUCUUUGAGCGGAUCCCAAUUGUUCCCUCAAAGAAUCCUGUUCAGCGCCAAUACGAUGAAGAAAAGGAGGACGAGGGCGAGUUCAUCCCCGGCGUUGGCGGCGGCGGAAUCGGCCGCGUCAAGAUCGCCGACUUUGGCCUGAGCAAAGUCGUGUGGGACGAGCAGACGAUGACGCCAUGCGGUACCGUCGGGUACACAGCGCCCGAAAUCGUAAAGGACGAGCGAUACAGUAAGAGCGUGGAUAUGUGGGCACUAGGGUGUGUCCUGUAUACCCUGCUUUGCGGUUUCCCGCCGUUCUACGAUGAGAGCAUCGGAGUGCUCACGGAGAAGGUCGCGCGGGGAUACUAUACGUUCCUGAGCCCAUGGUGGGACGACAUCUCGGCUUUAGCCAAGGAUCUGAUCACGCAUUUACUCUGCGUUGACCCCGCACAACGAUAUACCAUCGACGAGUUCCUGGCUCACCCAUGGUGUACAGCGGCCCCGGCGCCCCCACCACCCCCCACGCCGCUCCAGCACCCGCUCGACUCGCCUCUUUUGCGCGAAGUCCGCGGCGGGCGGGAGGUGGUCCGCAGCCCCGGUCUGGCCACGCUCAAGGAGGCGUUCGACAUCACGUAUGCCGUGCACCGCAUGGAAGAGGAAGGCGCGCGGCGGCGCGAGCGCGGUGGUGCGAACCGCGGUUUCCUCGGCGGCCUGAACGAGGAAGACGAGGAGAUGGAGGAUGACGUUGCCGUCGUCGAGGAGGCGCGGCGGAAGUACGGGGAUAAGGUCGGGGAGGCGCUGCAGGAGGAGCAGAUGAAGCGGACGCGCGGGCACGAGAAGAGCGCGAGCGCGGACAGCGGGCGGUCGAGACAUCGGCAGCAGGGGAGCGGCGGGGAUGUGUAUGAUGGGCGUGCGGGCCAGCGAGAUCGGGGGAAGAAGAACUCUGCUGGCCAGCCGUUUGAGCUCGAUAUCGACGGGGCGACCUUGCUUGGGCGGAGAUUUAAGAAAGGGCAGGCGCCGCUUGGAGGCAGUCCGUUGGCGCGGAAGGUCGUCGCAGCUGAUGGCGAUACGGGCGCAACGCUGGACCCGGGGAGUCCAAUGAGGAUGUAGGACAUUUCUAUGUGCCUCAUCUUCGUUUUUUCUUUGGAGGGUGUCUUGCUUGCGAUUUCUUCGUCUUUCUCCUUCCCGCACAUCUUUGACAUCGUGGUCGUUCCGGAUGCUUUACAUCCCGCAUUCACAGAUUGAUGUCCUCACACUGCAUACGGUCAUGUAGCAACCAUCCCAUGCCCUCGCUUCGCCAUCGCCUCUCGGUCACUUUAUAUCUGUUUUCAUGUCAUGUGUGUUUCCUUCUGGUACAGGGGCAUCCUGGUCGUCACCCCACGCAAACCAGCCAUACGAGUAGUGUACAGUAGUACUGUCUUUUCUUUCAAACUUUCUUGUUGCAGUUAUACAGUGUUCCAUAACGUGUAGUCCUAGGACGGUGUUGCAUGCAUAUUAUAUUAUACACGAAUUUUCGUAGACAACCGGAG